CUUGUAAUAGAAAAAAGAUCUUUAAUUUCUAGUAAAAGAUCAUUGGAGUUAGCUAGUAGGUCUGUUAGUAUGACAAAGUAUAUCAUUAGUAAGAUUGUAAAUAUGAAGAUUUGUUGUAUAGAGAUUUCUUGUGAUAAAUCUGGUAAUGAUAAAAGUAAAGUUGUUUAUGCUCCCUGUAUUGCUUUAAGCAUUGCUUUUGGAUCUUUAAUG